GAUCGUUUGUUUAUUGAAUAAACACACAAUUGACACAAACAACUGAUUUUACUCGAAACUUAUUUCUUAGUCUAGUUCUAGCCUAAUAAGUCCAUAGUUGAAACCGGCAAAAUGUUUAAAAACACUUUUCAAAGUGGAUUUCUAUCCGUUCUUUAUAGCAUUGGAAGUAAACCUCUGCAGCUCUGGGACAAAAUCGUACGAAACGGUCAUAUCAAGCGAAUAACUGACAACGAUAUUCAGUCCCUUGUCUUAGAAAUUGUUGGAACUAAUGUUUCAACAACAUACAUUACAUGCCCUGCUGAUCCAAAGAAAACUCUUGGAAUCAAACUUCCAUAUCUUGUUAUGAUUGUCAAAAACAUGAAAAAGUAUUUCACUUUUGAAGUUCAGAUUCUAGAUGAUAAAAAUGUGAGACGUAGAUUCAGAGCAAGCAACUAUCAAUCAACUACAAGAGUGAAACCUUUCAUUUGCACUAUGCCUAUGCGGCUUGAUGAAGGAUGGAACCAGAUCCAAUUUAAUUUAGCUGACUUCACAAGGCGUGCUUACGGAACAAAUUACGUCGAAACUUUAAGGAUUCAAAUUCAUGCAAAUUGCAGAAUUCGUCGCAUUUACUUUUCUGACAGACUCUAUUCUGAAGAUGAAUUACCUGCUGAAUUCAAACUCUAUUUACCUGUUCAAGCUAAGGCAAAAGUGUAAAUGUGGUGACUUAUGAUGUAUGCUCAUCUUUAUUUUUUUCCUGCAAUUAAAACCACUUUUUCUAUGCACCAUUA